AUGGCUGACUUCACACGGACGCAGCACGUCUCCCACGUGGUGCCCGUGCCAGUUCCUGGUCCCCCCGCCAAGGUCAUCACGCAGAAGGUGUACGUCAAGCAUCAUCCUUUCGAGUGCACGGAAGGUUACGGCAGCUGGAAAACACAGUGGUCCCAUGAGCAUCAACGCUACUGCUGCUACAAGUUCAAGGAGUCCUGCGUGACGAAGGUUCAGUACCGGAACCACUACAAGACCAUCACGCACGUUCAUCACGUCACCGUGCCAGAGAAAGUCGUGGUGCCGGCGCCGCCACCUCGCGAAAUCAAUCACAUCGUCCAUGUUCCCGUCCAUGAUCCCAGCCCCGUCAUCAAGAUCAAGACUGCCGGGCCACCUCGCGUCGUGAAGCAUUACGUCACGAAGAAGCACUAUGUGCCCGAGCCCGUUCCGUCGCCGCCGACGUACCACUACAAGCCUGUUGCAGUCCCUGUGCAUGUACCAGGCAAGGUCGUCCACGUGCCAGUUCCCAUGCCGGCCAAGACCAUCUACAAGGAGAUUCCAAUCACAAAAGUUCAGCAUGUGAUUCAGAAGCGCUACUACGACUGCGUUGCUGGAAUCAAGAACUGGCAUUACGGCUGGUCCAAGACGAAGAAGAGCUGGUGCUGCUCCCACGAGCAGAAGGGCUGUCCUGGAACAUGGCAAGGGGAUGGCUUGACGAAGACGAUUGUGACAGGGGUGACCCAACACAUUGGCCAUGGCCACGUGGGCCAUGUGCACGUCAUCCACCAUGUGCAUCAUUACUCAACGAGCAGCCAUGACAUCGACGAGCUGCCAGACGUCAUCGGAGAUGACGAUGCCUCGCUGCCGCCCGAGUAUCGCCACGGUGACCUGAGCAUUGGUGGUGACGACGACUCACUGCCGCCCGAGUAUCGCCACGGUGACAUGAGCAUUGGUGGUGACGACGACUCACUGCCGCCCGAGUAUCGCCACGGUGACAUGAGCAUUGGUGGUGAUGACGACUCACUGCCGCCCGAGUAUCGCCACGGUGACAUGAGCAUUGGUGGUGAUGACGACUCACUGCCGGACGAAAAAUGA